AUUAAGCAUUUGUAUAUAUAUAUAUAUAUAUAUUUAAAAAAAAAAAACAUUCACAGUAUGAUACAAGCUCAUUUACAUAGUUUUUGUCUGUUGAAAAACAGAUUAUUUUUUAAUACAACUUACGCAUCUAACGCUGUAUACUUUCCUUUCACAGGAGAGGCAACUGCUCAAGUACAGCACGACUUGCUUAACCAACAGUUCUGACAUUCUUAUAAUAACCGAUGAUGUGUUAAGUUUCACAGGAACAAACAGUUGUUAUGAACAUCUGUAUGUUGAUGACAAUGUGCUUAAAAUCAAGAUGUUUAAAGCAACCAAAUAUUAAAUGAGGUUUGAGGCUGUUUCACCACAGUAACAAAGGGCUAGGAAGUGAAACCAAUGCCCCAAAUCAAAGAAUUAACAUUUUCAAAAAUAAGAACAAAAUAUAUCAAAAUGUAAACACCACAACAUAUUCAAGACUGUUUUUGAACGCUGCUUGGAGGUCUUAACCAUCUACAAACUGCUCGCUACCAUUUCCUUGUUGUCUUGUACUAUCAUCAGUGUAAUUAAAUGGCUCAAGUCAUUAUUUGUAUUUGUUAAUUCUUCCUUUUUGAACAACAAAACAGAUCAAACAUUGCGGCCGUUGAAUCAGAAAUCUGUCCACCUAUACACAAUUUGAACAAGAUGUUUCUGAGUAUGGCUGUCUUGCAUUACAAAAUAGAAACAAUAACAGAAAUGAAACUACUAAUACGUGCACAAUUAUUUAUCCAAAUAGUCAAGAGUCCAGAGCUCUCAAAUUGACAAUGAAAUGCAACAGAAUGAUUGGGGUAUUGAGGAAUCCAGCAAUUCCCUUCUCCCUUGUUCAUGGUUAAACUUACCUUUGGCAAAUAAAUAAAAUAUAUGGAGCUGUUGUUAUCAAGGAAUGCAAUAAGUGCUUAUUACUGUAUAGGCAAGUGUGUAUAACUGAAUUCCUAAAUAAUAAGAAUUCCUAAAUGAGGCAAAGAUGAGUGACUUCUAUGGAGACUCCAAGCCUGCUGCUGUCAGACCUAGCAGUGGAGACUCCAAGCCCGCUGCUGUCAGACCUAGCAGUGGAGACUCCAGGCCUGCUGCUGUCAGACCUAGCAGUGGAGACUCCAGGCCUGCUGCUGUCAGACUUAGCAGUGGAGACUCCAGGCCUGCUGCUGUCAGACCUAGCAGUGGAGACUCCAGGCCCGCUGCUGUCAGACCUAGCAGUGGAGACUCCAGGCCCGCUGCUGUCAGACCUAGCAGUGGAGACUCCAGGCCUGCUGGUGUCAGACCUAGCAGUGGAGACUCCAGGCCCGCUGCUGUCAGACCUAGCAGUGGAGACUCCAGGCCCGCUGCUGUCAGACCUAGCAGUGGAGACUCCAGGCCUGCUGCUGUCAGACCUAGCAGUGGAGACUCCAGGCCUGCUGCUGUCAGACCUAGCAGUGGAGACUCCAGGCCCGCUGCUGUCAGACCUAGCAGUGGAGACUCCAGGCCCGCUGCUGUCAGACCUAGCAGUGGAGACUCCAGGCCCGCUGCUGUCAGACCUAGCAGUGGAGACUCCAGGCCUGCUGCUGUCAGACCUAGCAGUGGAGACUCCAGGCCCGCUGCUGUCAGACCUAGCAGUGGAGACUCCAGGCCCGCUGCUGUCAGACCUAGCAGUGGAGACUCCAGGCCCGCUGCUGUCAGACCUAGCAGUGGAGACUCCAGGCUUGCUGCUGUCAGACCUAGCAGUGACAGCAGAACCAGAUGUACUAUAGCAUACAACCCUACAAACCAACAUUACCACCCAAAUAUAGGUGUAGCUUAAUGUGCAUCUUAAUGAUAGCAAGUUGGAAUGGUUAGUACAGUGAGGGAAAAAAAGUAUUUGAUCCCCUGCUGAUUUUGUAAGUUUGCCCACUGACAAAG